AGCAAAAACACACACAUCAAUGGUCAACAAACAGUCUAAUACCCGACGUGGAAGAGGAGGACGUGGAAGAGGCGGUCAUCGUCAAAUAACUCCUUCUAGCCAUGGAUAUAUUUUCCAAGCUCAACCCAAGGACAAUUUAGAAGAAGACUUUCGAGUUUAUGGACAGUUUUCUGAUGACGAACCCCAAUCACCAUUCAGACCUUCUGCCCACAAAGCUUCCAAGCCGGCUGUGGUUGCAAGCGCAAACCCUGACACUCUCCUGAGUAAAUACGAAGGCAUAUACAACCGUAACAAUAAUAAUAGUCGCAGUAAGAACGGAUACAGCAACAAUUAUAAAAGACCUGGUUCCAGUAAAGAGGAUUCUUAUCAAUCGAGCCAUGGAUCAUCUAAAUACAGGGAGGGUAUCCAAUUCACACCUUCGCGCUCAGGCAUACCUUUUUCCACGUCUGAUACCCCUGAAGAUACAUCAAAAGACGACACACCAGAACCACAGUCUACUACUUCGCAGUCAGAAUCAAGUACUGGUCGACCCUCAAAAAAUGCAUCUGUGACAGAAAUAGACACUGAUAAUGCAGAAAUUGAAUCUAGUUAUGAGAGUGAUACAUCUAUUGAUUUAUUACAUACCGGAGGAUUCGUUCCCAAAGGU